AUGACGAAUGCCCCACUUACCAGUUUUGUUCAGGGCAUGUUUGCCCACAACAGGCAGAUAUCAGAGCUUGAGGAGGUUCGAAUUGUUUCCGACAACCCAGCAAUCCUCUCUGAUAGUGCCAGAGACCAGGUGAAACUAAGGUUUGGCCCUCCAACUGCAGGUUUUUGCAGAUGGGAUAGCCUGAAGAACAACACCAAAGAGUCCUCAGCCAACAACAAGGCAAACAACUGUUGCCCAGUUUGUCCACACCGAAGAACGAGUCUGGAGGCAGGUGCCGACCGCUGGAGUGCUUGCAGCAGUGAUGUCCAAGACAAGAAUCUUCCACCCAGAGACCCUACCAAAAGGUCCCAAUUGCGAUGGGCACUGGCUCUCGAUGAGAUGCUGGGCGCCUACGACGAUGAUUGUUCGGAGACGACCAAUGAUGAAAGUAGCCAUUACUUGGAAGACUCGGACUCCCACAGCGAUGUCUCGGACGAUGAUGAUGCCUCAGACAAUGAUUCGUCCACAAGCAGUUCUUUCUGUGAAGAUGAGGAUGGCCUAGACUUUGAAUCCCGGUGGGCGGACGAAAAGAAGACGCCUCAUGCAUGGACCCUUCCCGCCUACUGCAUUUUACCCAGUGUUCAGGAGAUGCUUUGGGAGGCAGCUCAGGAUCCUAACUUUGACAUGAAUGAGCGUCUUCGGAUGCUUGCAAGGCCCUUAGCCUGA